CUCGUUAACCCGGAAGCUUCCUCUCACAUGGUUUUGUGUACAUUUACCGGUUGCUAAGAGCACUUAUCUCACUGUCACAGUAGUUUCUGCUCCCUUUUUAUAGCAACAGACUGAAAGACGGGUUAUAAGAAGAUGAAAGUGGUUGCGUUAAUCAGUGGGGGCAAAGACAGCUGCUACAACAUGAUGCAGUGUGUUGCUGCUGGACACAAGAUUGUGGCUCUGGCCAACCUGCGUCCCGCUCACACAGAUGAAUUGGAUAGCUACAUGUACCAGACGGUGGGUCAUCAGGCAAUAGAGCUGUACGCUGAUGCAAUGGAGUUGCCUCUUUAUAGACGUACCAUACAAGGCUCCAGCCUGGACACGAGCAGAAAUUACAGUCAGACAGAAGGGGAUGAGGUGGAAGACCUGUAUCAGCUGCUGUACCUCGUUAAGGAAAAGGAGGCCGUUGAGGCAGUGUCUGUAGGAGCUAUUCUAUCCGAUUACCAGAGGGUCCGUGUGGAAAAUGUAUGUCUGCGGCUUGGUCUGCAGCCCCUGGCUUACCUGUGGCGCCGAGACCAAGAGUCGCUGCUCUCUGAGAUGAUAUCAUCUGACCUACAUGCCAUCCUCAUCAAAGUUGCUGCUUUUGGCCUGGAUCCAGAGAAGCACUUAGGAAAAUCCCUGGCCGAUAUGCAGCCCUAUUUGAAACAGCUCUCUGACAAGUAUGGAGUCCAUAUUUGUGGUGAGGGAGGUGAAUAUGAAACCUUCACACUCGAUUGUCCAAUCUUCAAAAAGAAGAUAACAAUAGAUGAAGCCGAGACAGUGAUUCACUCUGCAGAUGCUUUUGCUCCAGUUGGCUACCUGCGCUUCACCAAAAUGCAUGCAGAGAACAAGCAUAGCGAUGCGGUGGCGAGAGCUUUGCCCCAUGGUAGUUGUCCUUGCCAGAGCGCCAUUGACAAGAUGACUGAGGAGGUGGAAUAUGCUGAUCAAGCUGAAGACAACCAGCACAAAUUUACAUCAAACUGUGACCUUAGUUGUCACUGGGGCCACGACGAGCCUCCAUCCUGCUCCAAAAGGUGUUCAAGGGGCUAUCAGUGGAUCUCAGGCAUCAAUGGACUUAGGAGCCAAGAUCUUGGGAUUGAGGGCCAGACACUGGCAGCUUUAGCUAUGCUUCAAGAUGAGUUGCACAACAAGGCUUGGAAAAUGAAGGACAUCGUCUUGGUUCAUCUCUAUGUGAGGAAUAUGGAGGAUUUUGUUUCUCUCAAUGCAGUUUACAAGAAAUAUUUCGACAUAAAUCCUCCAGCCAGGGUUUGUGUCCAGGCGCCUCUGCCUGCUGGACAGCUACUGCAGAUGGACUGUCUCCUCCAUGACUGGACCGAACCUCUGGAGGAAGACUGUUUCCGCCACAAAGAAGCCCUUCAUGUCCAGAGCCUCUCCCACUGGGCCCCCGCUAACAUCGGGCCGUACAGCCAGGCCUUCAAGGUAGAUGAGUUGGUGUUCUGUGCAGGACAAAUUCCUUUGGUCCCCUGCACCAUGUCUCUGGUGAAAGCUGCCACCUCCGUAGAAGCUCAGCUGUCCUUCAGCCACAUGAAGAAGGUACUGGAAGCUGUGAUCCCCAACUUGACCCUGGCCCACGUUGUCCAGGCCCACUGCUACAUCACCAGACACCGAGACAUUGCAACCAUCAGAGCUGUGUGGGAGAGCAUGCUGAAGGCUACAGAGGAAGAGAAGGAGUUGCUGUGGGAAUCUGAGAUCAAACUUGCACCACUUCUGAUCGUUGUGAUACCUGCCUUACCCAAAGAUGCAGCUGUUGAGCUUCAUGUGACUGCAGUGAAUGACGAUCCCUCCAGAAGAACUUCCCAGCAUGUUACAACAAAGACGGUGUGCGGAUCCAUACAGUGCCACACCAUGUUGUCUGCUGACCGUAGUAGCGCUUCACUAUCACUUUCGAUGGUCGCCUGUGAGGGCGACCUGGGAAUUGCUGACGUGAAAAGCAUCACAGAAGAACUUGGCACGGCUUUCAUGAAGGCCACAAAGGCGAUAGAGGCCAAACUGGUACCGCAGUGUGCAAGGGUGUUCUACAAGUGCAGCCCCUCACCAAUUCAGCAGAUAGUUCAAGGACUUGAAGAAAGUCUACAGAACAGCUUAGGAGAAUCCAGUCCAUCUGUGGCCUUGGUUCCUGUCCUGGCUCUGCCCGACUCCCAGAUCCUCCACUUGUCCUGCUGGCUCAGUUUAUGAAAACACACCUGUAGUCAAGGGGAAGACUCCCCCAAUCCACAUAUGAUUCAGAGACACUUUUCUGGAAAAGUUACUGGAUUACUUUAGACUUAAAGAAGAACAUAAAUGAAGGGGGGAAUGUAAAUUUCCCUUUAGUCUUGACAGUGUUGCUGUUUGGAGUGUCUUUAAUCUAAAGGUGCAUACCAGAAAACUUCUUUCAUUCCAGCAGGCCAUAAACUCCGUUCCAUGAUAUCUUACUGCUUCUGGUGGAAUUUCUCUGACACCGCUCAUCACAGCUGAGCUUCACCUCUGACACUGCCUGUGUCGGUUGCAGACCUAUAGAUUUACUGUGUCAUAGCUUUGGAGAUGUGUGUAAUGUAUUUGUAUGAGGUGAGCGAGUUUCUCUCUCAUGCUCUACAGGGCACAGGGUGUGUUAUUAUUGUGUAAUAGGCAAUCAGUGCCAAGCACCUUAAAAGAUUAAGCCUCUUUAUGUUUUCUAUUGAUUCCAAGGCAGCCUGGUUAAUAGAAGGACACUAGGACACAAAGCUGCAGGGCAAGUGUGUGUCCUCUGUGUGUUGAGGGGGAUAUCAACGGAUGAGUUGUAACCAUGUUGAAAGAAAAUAACACCAUUAACCAUUGCGUCUGAAGCAUUUUUUUUCUCUUGAAGAUCAUGAAUUGUAUUGAUAAUCUAAGUUUGAAUGAAUCUUCACUCUGGCAAUUCGCUCCAAUGUGCUCUCAAAGUGGAGCAGGCUAUUGAUCUUUACCCACUACAGUGUUGCUUUGAUUGUUGUCAUCAAAAAUUGAACAAUAGAGGUAGCCAAUAGAGCCUUCAGACUUUUAUUGAGGGUUGGAAAAAUACAAACAAGCAAUUAUUUAUGGGAGCACGCAUUCUAGUCCUAUAUCUAUCCCACCACUUUACUAUGUAUGUUUAAAUUGUCUGUGCAUUGUGAGCAAAAUCAAAUUUCUUAGUGUGCACCAACUUAGCCAAAUAAAACUGAUUCUUAUUGUGUUUGUUCUAUGAUGUUUUAUAGUUCCAGAGUAAAAUCCGAUAUUGUAUUCUUGACAGAAGCUGCUAUUAAUUCCACAUAAAUAUACAUAAAGAAAA